GUGAGGCAGAUGACGCCACAGUGCUUCUACGGUCGACCAAUAGGGUGCGUGUAAUGGCACCAAACCUGCCAUAAAACAUGCCGUCAAGAUCGUUGCUGACGCCAUUCCUGGAAGGACUAGCGCAACGGGAAGGGCAAUUCACCCGGUCAAGAUGAAGCCCGUGUCCCUAUUUGUGUUGGCCGUUUGCCUGCUCGCGGUGCAGGCGCAAGAUCUUGCCUCACGCACCUUCGGCUUCGUGCACAGGCACCCGGCACUUCUGCAGGGCCAUCAUGGCUACAGUAUGUCAGCGCAGGCUCAGGGACACCACGAUCAUGCUUUACCGGCACACCAUGGCUUGCACACUGGUCAUGUUCACCAAGCUCAUGGGCAUGUACAUCAGGGUCAGGUCUCCAACGCUCACCAGCACCAAGUUGGCCACGGGCAUCACCACAACCACGAGCCCUCUACAGCGACUCAUUCCGCGAGUGCGCCCAUUGCUUCGAAAGUGAACACAGUCCCAGUCCUGAUGUGCCGCGUCGUCAACGUUCCUGUUAAUACCAUGGUUCCUGCUGAGCCGUCGGCGUCUCACUCCGGCUCAUCCGGAAUUCAGCAUGUCGGUAGCCACAUCGCCACUUCCAUUAGUCACGUCUUCGGUAGGGUCGUCAACCCGGUGGUGGCCCUCCUACAGAACGCAUCUGUUUGGCUGAACCGCACCGCUCAACAAGAUCCCAAUGCCACUAGUCUUCAGCACAGCUCUGAUGUGCCCCAUACAGCGGUUAUCAAAAAGAAGCUAGCCAUAAUGAAAAAGCUUGGUCAUCAACCGAUGAGCACUGCUUCGGUCCCUGCAGAUCCGGCAGUCCUUACUGAUGCGCCCACCACGCCCAGUCUGGAAACAGCAGUUCCAAGCAUAGUGGCCGAGGCGACAACUCGUUCCCGUCCAACGACAAAGCUAUCGACGCUCGCUCCUGUGGUGGUUAGCACAGUCGGUGCUCCUGCUCCCACUCUAGGUGUCCCGGCUCCACGCGCCGAUACCUUUCCGAUUUUGGCUUCGACCGAUAUGCCUGCUUCAGUCCCUGCAGAUGUCUCAAGAAGCAAUGUAGCAGUCCAGGUUGCAGAUACUACAGCGGCGGCAUCAGAGUCCACCUUAACGAGCACCGUUACGUUUACUCGUGCUACCUUGUCUACCAGGGCUCCGACUGUUCCCACCACAACCUCCACCCUAGGUCACCUGAACUUACGCGCCAACUCGUUCACUGUCCCAUCGACUGACCUGCCUGCUUCCAUUCCUCAAGAGGUCUCGUCCACAACCCGUCUCGCAGUCGAUACUACAACACUGGUAUCGCAGUCCACGUUGCCAAGCGCAGCCACACUCGCCGAGAGGACUGCUCGUGCUACAUUGUCUACUAUAGAUUUUACAAGCACUGUUGCCACCACGGCCCCUACCCUAGGUUCCCUGGAUCCGCGCGCUGACCCCUUCACUGCCCUGGCGACUUCGACGGACGAGUCCACUUUUGGUCCUGUACACCGUGAGCAGGCAAGCACGGCCACCGUAACAUCGCCUGGAACCAAGGCCCCCACCCCGCUUUUCGUCGAAUCUAAUGCAAGGACUCUGCCGAAAUCUGUACCAAAACAGCUUGGAGCUUCUACGUCUCCUGCGACCGUGGGCGCAGUCUCCGUACGGCCAGCUAGGUUCACUGCAGCUCCGACCAGCGUAGAAAUCACUUCAGCCCCGCCAUUUGCAGCAGCUCCAACAAUUCUUGGUACCGAGGCACCACCGACUGCGACUACGUCAGAAGGCAUCACCAUUGCAUCUACGACAGACUCUGCUGUCACGCUUCCAGUCGUGGCGCUUUCCGCGACUCCAGAACCUGCUUCUUCGCAACCUGGGAAAUCAACUGUUUAUGCCCGCUCGGUUCGCCCAAAAACCCGGUAGCUCGUUGAACCACGCCCUUCACAGCAGUAAUGGAAUCGGCGAUACUGUAAAGUGAUUUUUGUCGUAGCAUGCAUGUUCAGCGCAUGUCGGCAGUGUUUUAAGCUUUUUACUGUGCGCAUUGUACAUAUUAUAACUCUUGACCGGUGUCAUAAGAUUGCGCAAUAAACACGGGCAUUUUU